CAUUUGUCCCCACCUGGUGUUCACAACAUGUAAACUUUGGAUAGGCUUUGCGGCCACAGCAAGAACAACGCAGUUGUUUUGGGUUCCACUGUGAUUUUGUAUCACUUCUCUUUGUAUGACACAUACAGGCUACAGUAGCAGGCCUAUGGAAAGUCCCUGAGUGGGGACAAUGAGUAAUAAUCCGUAGUGGGUGUUGGUGGAAAAAGUGUAGCAGUAUGGCAAUAAAUUGAGUAAGCAUUCCUAUAAGAAGUUGUUAGCACUAAAAUGGUUGAAUGCAUUGGACAUUAGCUGAAUCAUGCAUUGGAAGCGAAUGGGAUUUGUCCGUAAAUUCACAUCACAGCGGAUUUCAAAUUGAUUGCUUAGCCUAGCCUAAAUGUUGAUAAAAUAUAGAGUGAACUGAAGUCUGUAUUAAAUGGCUUAUAACAGGGACAGAAUGUGUUAAUAUUGUCACCGCUAUGAGUGCCAUGACAGGGACGAAUAGACUAUGUGCGGUGAUCCAUGAUAAAUAGAUCCCUCCCUUCUGGAUGAAAGCAGUGAGUGAAUGACAGAAUCAUAACAGAAACAGUUAGAUUGAAAACACUACUUUCUUCAAAAGGAACAGAAUCGUCUCGAAUCAGCAACGGGCAUUCAUCAUGGGGAAGCUAUGUGAGCUGGCCUUUGUGUCUCUGGCCCUCCUGGCUCUACUUCAUACUGACUCUACAUGGGCCAAGAGAAGUGUCAGCAGUAGCAGCAGCAAAAAGUCUUCAUCCAACAACAGGGGUUCAGAAAAAAAGCCAUCAAAAACAUCAAACACGCAGACAGGAAGCUACCCCAGACAACCACAGAGCCCCAACAGGAACCCCAACUCAUACCCAGCAGGAGGUAGUUAUCCAGGGAGAGGUACCAAUCAGAACCAGAACCCAGCCGGUGGUUACCCUGCUGCAGGUGGAUACCCUGCUGCAGGUGGCUAUCCUGCUGCAGGUGGCUAUCCUGCUGCAGGUGGCUACCCCAACCAGCAGUAUCCAGUCAGAGCCAAUCCUGGGGGAAAUCCAAACCAGAACCCUGCAGCUGGAGGUUACCCAGCCGCUGGUGGCUAUCCUGCAGCAGGUGGCUAUCCCAACCAGCAGUAUCCAGGCAGAGCCAAUCCUGGGGGAUAUCCAAACCAGAACCCUGCAGCUGGAGGUUACCCAGCCGCUGGUGGCUAUCCUGCAGCAGGUGGCUAUCCCAACCAGCAGUAUCCAGGCAGAGCCAAUCCUGGGGGAUAUCCAAACCAGAACCCUGUAGCUGGAGGUUACCCAGCUGCUGGUGGCUAUCCCAACCAGCAGUAUCCAGGCCGGGCAAAUCCUGGGGGUUAUCCAAACCAGAAUCCAGCAGCGGGUGGUUACCCUGCAGCAGGGGGCUACCCCAACCAGAACCCAGGGAGAGGAGGAGUCAAUCCGGGAUACCCAGCUGGAGGUUACCCAGUAAGAGGGGGAAAUACUGGCUGGGGGCAGGCAGGGGGCUACCCUGGUAGAGGGAUGGGAGGAGGUUACCAACCCAACUGGAACCCAAACAAUAAGAUCCUCAGUCCCCGCUAUGGUUAUGGAGGUGGGCAUGGGGGUAUGGGAGGUGGCUCUCCAUUCUCACGCUCAGUUCAGAAUAUGGGGCACUACCCAUCUACUCAGUCCAAGGGCUUUGCUAAGAAGGCUCUUAUGGCCGCAGGGGUUGGGGCCGUGGCAGGUAUGGCAGUAGGCUAUGGCCUUGGGCGUUUCCCCCGCCCACAUUUCAACUUCCGCAACACUCAGGAGGAGCAGUCCUACAACAACUACAUGUACAGCAAAUACGGUGAACGCUCCACAGAUGAAAACGACUAUGGCCGGGACUAUACCUACAAAGUACCACCGCGGGCAGAGUCCUACGACAGCUUCAUGGAUACCUGCAUGAAGAGGAACGACCUUCUGCAGGAUCAGGCCAGCGACUCCCAGGCUACACCUAACAACCAGAGGAACAACCCCCAGGGAGCCAACAGCCAGAGCCUGCCCAUCACUCCUGAGGUGGGGAACAGCAGUCCAGCUAGCAACCAGGAGGGAACAGACACAGUGAAGCCCCUCACCCCAGCCCCUGUGGAGAUAGCUGGAGAGGAUAUGGGUAAGGAGGAGGAUGACGGCCUCACAGUGAGCAUUGAGGAGAUUGGCUACCCUGCAUUGGUGGAGCAGCUGAAGAACCGUAAGUGUGUGGAGCUGUACAUGAACUACUCUGAGCGUUUCCUGGAGAAGCAGACAGCUGAACGUAGCAGCGACAGCAACAACAACAACAACAACAAGUAUGAGAACAGUCGCAGUAACCUCCUUAGCCAGGGGCUGGUACAGCUGAUAACCACCUUCCUCAUGGUCCUGAGCAGCACUCUCCUGCUGCAGUAAGACAGGAACACAUAGCCAUGUCCCAGUUGUAUGGAAUAGCUUCAUUUCCUAGUCACCCCUCCUCAAUAUGCCACUGAUUUCUUGUGAGGAUAGGUUAAUUAAACAAGGUGUAGGUGGAGAUGUAACCAAUCCUUUAACUAAUCUGUGGUCAUGAAGGAAAGGGGACAAGGAAAGGAAGCCAGUGGAAAAUAACUUCCAGUGAACUUCCAGCAAAAUGAGGACCAAUAAAAAUAUGUACUGUAGGUGGUACUCGAGGACCGGAUUUGGGAACCACUGAUGUACAUGAUUCUUCACAUGGUAUUUGUACUUUAAGUGUUCAAUAUCUCAACACUAUUUCUAAAAUAAACCGAAACCAUCUGUCCUGCUUGUCUCUUACAGCUUAGUUCAGUCUACUGCUAAAUAUGGAAUAACAGCAUUUUGUCUGUAAGUCCAAAACCAUGAGUCAGUCGUGUAGACAAAGGGGAAGUAUAAAAGCAAAAGUAGCAAGUCUCAUCAGUACACCAUAUGACUUUAAUUAAAUGCAGAUACACUAGAUAAACAAACAUUAUUACAGCACUUUUUUGCCACCAUAUAAGGUACUGUCAUCCGAUUAGGGGUUCAGUGUCUUUUUGCCAAAGUGGUUCCACAGAAAGCACAGACAAGCAUUAUGUUGACCGUUUGUCAUAUUAAAUCCUUUUUAUUCAUGCAUUUCCGUGUGCGUUAUACUGUACAUCAGUGGUUCCCAACUCCAAACCCACAACCACACACAUUUUUGUUGUAGCCUUGGAUAAACAUAACGGAUUCAACUCAUUGAGGACCUGAUGAUUAGUUGACAAGUUGAAACAGGUGUGCUUGUCCGGGGCUACAAUAAAAAUGUGUACUGUUGGGGCUAUUGGAGGACCGGAGUUUGGAACCACUGCUUUACAUAAUAGUUCACAUGAUAUUUGAAUUUGUACUCUAAAUGUUCGAUCUUAUGUGGUCUUCAGUAUUUGGUUUUAAAAGUUGCCUGUUUUGUAAAUACUUAUAAUAAUUAAGUAGGGAAUGGUCAGAGUUUUGUUAUUAAUCAAUCUCUAUUUCUGUUCCUAUUUUUCUUUUGUGCUCUCUUGUCCCAUCUCUCUACCUCCCCAUCUAGUCUCCCUCUCCAUGUCCUCCUGUCCCCUGGUUAUCAGAAGUGCACUUAUUUCUCUUGGCGAAUGGAUAUAAAUGACUCUUCUUUUUCCUUUUUUUUCAAGGAUGUAUUUAGUGAUUAACUCAUUUAUAUUGGUUUUAACAUAGAGAACAACAUGCAUUGUUUUAAUGUGUCUUUAAAGUAACCACUUUGUCAUGCUUGAACUCAAUGGGGAAUUUUACCAUUAACUUGCUGAAAUGACUGAUGUCUUCUUCCAUUUCCCAAGUACAGAA